GUUCAAUUAAAAUUAUCAGUCAUUGUUUAUCUCAAACUUCUUUUAGGCGUUUGUCAAGUAAAGUUACAGUUUUUCACUAAAAAUUCUGCCCAAAAUUAUGCAAUAAUAAUUUAAAUUUAAGGCAGACAUGAUAAUUUACUCCUGAAGAGAGGUUAACUACUAAUGUUUUCAUAAUUUUUACCACGUUCUCGAUGUUUUUAAAGUCUCUUUAUUUUUAGGUUUGCAACAGGUGAGGGAAUUCUGAAAAAUCAGGGAAAAGAAACAAUGGCGACUGAGGUAAUGGACGAAAUUAUUGUGCAAAAGUCUGAAAAAUUGGAGCAAAUUCAAUUAGCGACUUUACUACUUAAAAAUCAACAUUCCUUCACAUACAAAGAUAACAUUCAAGAAAAUCUUAUUCGCGCAAAAACAGAUGUUUCGCUCAUGGCAGAAGGAAUAAGAUCUUUACGAAAAAAUUUGGAAGAGUUGAAAGCUGAAAAUGAACGCUGCAAAGAAAUGGCAUCAUUGUUGGAAAAGCUCAAUAGUAAAAUCGACCACAUGGGAAAAAAUAUCCCACCCGGGAUAAAAGAUUAUUUCAAUGUCCAAGAAAAAUCUGGACCUAAAAAUGGAAAUUUAAAUCAUGAGAACGAAGAGAACGUUUCUCCCGCAAAUUUUACCCCAAGUGUACAUUCGUCGAUGAGAGACUGCAAGAAAUCUUUAUUCAACGAGCCUGCUGAAGUUUGUCCUCUUUUGGCUCCUCUCACAGAACAAGAAUUCGCUAAAAUCCCCAAAUACAUUAUUGGGAGGCAAACUUUAGAUGCUGUUAAUAGUUUAGCGUCCUCUAUUAAUCAAAUUUUGAAAGCAAAGUACACUCUCCUCUCUUUGGGAAAAGAUGGCGCGCGAAAAAAAGGAGAUUUGGAUCUCUAUCUCGAAUAUAAAAAACAACAAACUUCUGUCAAGGAAGGCGAAGGAAAAAUAUACUUUUUCACGGCCGAGGAUUAUCAGAAGCACACAUCGAGUAAAUUGGACAAAAUAAAACUUAAUAUGUUAACAGCUUUGCGUUCUUGUAAAAGACUGAGAGAAAUUAGGAUUGGAAAAUUAUUAUAUUACAUGGUUGUGCCGUAGAAUUAAUCAUUUUGUAUUUUUGAUAUUCUCUUUUUGAAUUUGAACUUUUGUAAAAUAUAGUAUUUAAGUUCUUGCUCAAGUGAAUUGCAAUUUUAUAUUUUUAAUAUCUCUUCUUUUUUAUAUGACAUCAUGCAAGAUUUCUAGGAAAAUAAUAAAUGAAAAUGUUUUUGAAUAUAA